AGAUUUUCAGCUGCGUUGGAAGUGCUGAACGGUCGCCCCUCUGGUGCAGCCUCGCGCUCCUUCAAAAUUGCAGGGGAUCGAAGAAUCUAUCAUCAUCUCUCUGAUGCAGCGCCAGCUCGCCCGAUGCACCCCUCGCCGCCUCAACGGGAGGUGGGCGGCACGGAGCUCCAUCGUGUGCGUGGCUCCGUCACUCGCUCGCCAUUCUACACGAACAAUACAAAUAUCGCACUCGGCGGCGGCGGCGGUGGCACAGACGCAGCGACGAUGGGCGCAUACCCGUCCAAGUACAUUUUCCCCUGUCUCAUCUUCCUCCUCCCCGCCCGCACCUCCGGCGAGGACGACAUCAUCGUACGAGGCUCCUUCUUCUUCUGCCGGCACCGCCGCGACGACCACCACCACGCUUGGGAUCCUGCAGCGCUUCGUGCAGCAGCGCGACUACGACGGCUGUGCCGCCUACUACGAGCACCACUUCGAUCCGCCACGUCAGCACUUCAUCGACGACUUCUGCGGCGGCUUCGCUGCGGAUGCGCGGGAUGCACUCUUAACGCUGAUGCGCGUGUACACGAAUAUGGGCCGCAUCGAUAAAGUGCGCGGGGUGUUGAGCGUUGGGCUGCGUGACCUCGCCGCCGCGGAGGUGCAGCAUGCGACCCCCCUGCGUUACGCGUCGCUAAGCCAGCAGGACGAGGCGGCCAUGUGGGAGAAGGCAGGGGAGGUCGCCACGUCUCGCAGCGUUAGCGCCGCGCCGCCGCUGCGAGACGACUUACUAUUACCUACAACUGCCCCCUCCUCUGCGGAGAAGGCAGGCGCGGCGAGCGGCACGGCUGAGCCCGCCCUCUCGUGGCAUCGCGCGUCGCUGCUGAACGCAUCGCUCUUCAACGCCUACCUCGAGGCCCUCACCCGACGCAGCAAAUUCGCGGUCAACGAGGUCACGUUUCUGCUGGAGCAGAUGAAGACCGCCGGAGUCAGGCGAGAUGCGCUGACGUACCACUACCUCAUCGAACUGCACGUGCGCGCGGGGUACGACCCGAUUGGGUUGUGGGAGGAGAUGAAGGCGCAGGAGGAGCCGCCGGUGUUGCCGCUGCCGGCGACCGUGCAAACCCUCCUGCUGCGUGUUGUUCCCUCGAGCCCGGACCCGGCCUUCGUCGUGGACGUCACCAAGGCAGCCCUGCGCUUUGGCACCACUGUAAUGGACAAGCGGAUGCUGGCUGACAUGAUCGAGCAGUGGCUUUCGGGAACUGCACGAACAACCGCGCCCGCGUCGUCGUCCUCGUCCGUCGACCCUCAACGGAGCAGCAGCAGCAGCAGCAGUAGCAACAGGGCGUCGCGCUACCCCCCGGAGUACACUCUGUGGCUCAUGCUCGAGCUAGAGUUGCGGUGUGUCCUGGAGAAGGCGAGCUUUACACAGUACGUCCAGCGGCAGCACUUGACGGAGCUGCUGCUGCAGUGCGCGAAGUGCACCGAUGCGGCAACGGCAGAGCAGGUGCUGGCGCUCAUGGACCGCCACGCCCUCCCAAAAACAGCCGACGUGCUUGCGCUGGUGAUCUGGUGCUGGUCGCAGGCGCUCGAGGUUGAGAAGACGCUCGACUUGAUUGAGUGGAUGGCGUUAAAGGGGUACCUUGACCAGGUGGACUGCUUUCGGAAGGCCUACAUUGACACCUUGCGGUAUGCGAUGGAGCAGCACUACCUCAUGACCUUCGCAGAAGCGCUGAGCACGCCGGCUCUGGCAGAGCGCGCACUGACGCACCUGCACGCCCGUCGGCAACGCGGUGAGCUCGUCUCGGCGCACUCGCUUGAUUUAAUCGUGCUGAGCUUCGCGCGUUUAGGCGAGGAGCGGCGUGCGCUGCAGCUCGUCGCGACGUACGAGACCCGCUGGGGCGUGAGCCCGCGCACGAGCACCUUCAACGCCCUCCUCGUCGGCUGCUCGCGGCACCGCAGCACGAUGCUGCACCGCGUCGUGUACCGCACGAUGGUGAACAGCGGCGUCGCCGCUAACGUGUUCACCUUCCGCGUUUUAAUCCGACAAGCCGUCGUGACCGGCAACAUCGACGAAGCGAUUUUUUACCUGGAGGAGGUCACCCGUCACCCGGGGCUGAGGGUCGAGGUAGAGAUGAUCCUGCCCAUCCUUGAGCGGGCCGCCCGCGUCGGCGACGGGGAGACGGUGAAUCGAAUGAGUCAGUACUCGCUGAAGUGCGACAUUGGGAUUGACAAGGGAGUACUGCGCAGCGUGAUGCAGCAGCUGACGGAGGCGGGGCAAAGCGUUGAGGUGCUGAAGGGGCAGCUGCCGCUGCACGAGGCGCUGCGCUCGCGAUCGAAGACGGGUCGCCAGCGUGCGCGCAAUGAGGUGCUCCUGUGA